AUGGACACAGAGGGCGACCAAGACUCAGAUGACGACUCGCCGCUAGAAUCUGUGGUACGUACCAAGGAGCUGCUGAGCAAGCAUCGGGAAGAAAUGGAGCAGCUCGAGAAAACUGCGGAGGCAAGGUUAGCUGACGAGCGGCGUCGCCUGACAGGAGAGCUGGACGUCCUCCGUUGCAGCCUCAGGGAAAAGGACCAGGCUCUUAGCCGGUCUGCCAACGAACAGCAGGCGAAGGCUUUUGCUGAAAUGGCAGAGCUUAUCAACAAACACGGUGAAGAGGUCCAAAAACUGUCCUCUGCCCUCGAGGAAGAGAAGAAAAAGACAGAGUCACUCUGCCAUGCACUUGAUUCCCUCAAGAAAGAAAGGGACGAAAUCGUACAGCUUGUAGAGAGCGUCACAAGGGCUAGGUCGGACUCGGCGGUUGACCCAAUCACUGCAAUUAGACGACUUGCAGGAGAGAAUGCGACGUUGCGACGAGAGACGAAAGCGGCGCGCACCGAAUAUGAGUCUAUGCUCUCUGAGGAGAAGUCUAGGCUGAAAGAUGAAGUGGAGACUGUUCCUGCGGAGUACGAGUCUACACUGCAUAAUCUUGAGGAGAAGCUGCGAGGGACCGAGGUCGACCACAGGAGACAUCUGGAGGAAUUGCUUGCAAACCAGGAGCAGUACCAGGAAGAAGUGAAGUUGAAAGACGAAGAGCCACUUGUACUGAAGCACGAAGUGGAGCAGUACGCUGACACGCUUAGUUCACAAAGGCUGAAGUACGACCAGGAGCUGGAAAACGUCGAGCGAAGUGUGGAGGCCAAGCACGCUGCCGAGAUCGAGUCACUCAAGUCAGAGCACAGGGAAGAUAUUGAGAUGCUGAGAGAGAGUCUGCAACGAGAGCGGCUGUUUGUGGAAAAGCUCCGAAUAAUGUUCGGCGCUGGACACGUGUUCGAAAUGCUGUCCAAGAGCGUUAGCCUGGUCUUCAAGGUUAUUGCCUUGGACAUCGACCAAAGGCAGGAG